AUGUCCUCCUCGACGACGACGAAGACAGCGUCGGAUGCGCCAGUACGCGAACCAGAGAUAUGGUGGAGCAACGCCAUAUUCUUCUCACUUACCCACAUCGCUGCUAUCGUUGGCGUCUACUACUAUCCUCCGACCGCGGUUCCAUGGCAGACACUCGUGUUUGCAUUCCUAACCUGGCAGUUGGCGGACUUCGGCAUAACGAUGGGGUACCACCGGUUGUACAGCCAUCGCGCCUACCGCGCCGCUUUGGGAGUGCGCGUCGUUCUUGCACUCCUCGGAACUAUCGCAUUCCAGGGGUCCAUCAAGUGGUGGUGCCUCCGCCACAGAUUGCAUCACCGAUUCACGGAUGAUCCAGUCCAAGAUCCAUAUGCAGCCACACGCGGCCUGUUCUAUUCUCACAUGGGCUGGAUAUUCUACAAGCCAGUCUACGAAAGGAUAGGCCUUGUAGAUCGACAAGACCUGGAUAGUGAUCCUGUCGUGCGACUUCAGCACAAAUACUAUGUGCCCCUAGCCGUCUCAUUGGGCUUCGUCGCACCAUCGUUGAUUGGCAUGCUGUGGUCAGAUCCUGUGGGCACAUACAUUUGGGCAGGGCUGGUGGCAAGACUAUUCAUAUGGCACUGUACGUUCCUAGUGAACUCACUGGCGCACUGGGAUGGCCUGCAGCCGUAUUCCGACGAGAACACAUCCAGAGGCAAUCUAAUUUUGGCCCUUCUGACCGGAGGAGAGGGUAAUCAUAACUUUCAUACCUUCCCGCACGAUUACCGCUCCGGGCCGUCGUAUUUGGACUGGGAUCCCACGAAGUGGAUCAUCGCGGCCUUGCAUAGACUCGGAUUUGUGAAGGGCUUGCGCCGGGCUCGUGAUGCAGACCUACGAGCGGCGCUGGCGCAUAUGCAGUUGAAGGGACAUCACCACCACGAAACAUCAGACGAGGAAGAUGACGAGCCAUGGACUGGUCCUGUUUGGGGUGUCGCUGAGCUCAAGGCCAAGGCUAGCCAAGGGGCAUGCUUGUUGAUUAUCGAGGGCUAUGUGGUGGACGCGACAGCUUAUCUAGGCGAGCACCCUGGUGGCGCAUCUAUACUGCGAAAAUACGCGUACAGCUCAAAACUGGAAGAGACCAUCGAUGCGACAUGGGCUUUCGAGGGUGGUCUGAAUAACCACUCGUGGCCUGCACGUAGAGGGAUGCGGGAGCUGAGGGUAGCCAAAUUCAAUGUAGAUUAG